CACACGAGGUCUACAGCCAAGAAGAAGAGGAGGUCUCUUAGGAGGAUAAGCACACCAUCCUUCCAGAAGCGGAGGAGGAGGCCUUCUCCCCAGGCCCUGGGGAAUAUUGUGGGCUGCAGAAUUUCUCACGAAUGGAAGGAAGGUGAUGAGCCCAUCACCCAAUGGAAGGCCAUCAUUCUAGAUCAACUGCCAAUAAAUCCCUCUCUCUAUCUGGUCAAGUAUGAUGGAAUUGAGUGUGUCUACAGACUGGAACUUCACAGCGAUGAGAGGAUUUUAAAGCUUAAGGUCUUGACUCCCAAAGUAGUGUUUCCUCAAGUGAAAGACGCCCAUCUCGCAAGGGUCAUGGUUGGCCAAGCUGUGGAGCAUAAAUUUGAGGGCAAACAUGGCUCUAAGGACAACUGGAGGGGGGUGGUCCUAGCCCAGGUGCCGAUCAUGAAGGGCAGGUUUUACAUCACCUACGAGAAAGAUUCAGUCCUAUACAUCUACCAGCUCCUGGAUGAUUACACAGAAGGUAACCUCCGUAUCAUUCCAGAGACUCCUCCAGCAGAGGUGAAGUCAGACAUUGACAGCGACAUCUUAACAGGUCAUUGUGUGCAGUUCACCAGAAGCGACGGGUCCAAACAGAUCGGCAAAGUCAUUUACAAAGUUCUAGCCAAGCCUUCCAUGUACUUCAUAAAGUUUGAUGUUGACGUCCACAUCUACAUUUAUAAUCUGGUAGAAAAGAUCUGUUAAGGUGAAAUUAACAAAGUGUGGGGGACGUAGAUGGGUAAUUUAUAGGAUUGGGGGGAAAAUGUUUGUUUUUCUGGUCAGAUACACAAGGGCCUUUGACAACCCCAGUAUCUUUUCCAGUGGAAUUUGUUUUUGCUCUAAAAAUUAAAAUGUGCGACGUGACGUGUUGUGUGUGAACACU